AUGCAUGACGGACUUGUUCAACCAGUUCGUUUCACGGGGCGUGUCCUGAGUGACGCCGAACUCAAGUAUCAUAUUGCUGAGAAGGAAGUUCUCGCUGUGAUGCGAGUGCUCCAUGUGUUCAAGAAUCUGAUCGAAGGAUGUCCUUUGAUAAUCUACACUCGACAUUCGGUGUUGAAGUGGGUCAUCAAUUCCAAGACCGCCGAAGGUCGUCUGGUGCCAUGGGGCGUCGCUCUCUCACAGUACGACUUGGAAAUUCGGAAGGUCAGUCGAGAUGAGAAUGGCUUAGCCCCCAUUAUGGGUACAGGUAUCACUCUCAGGGAGCACUUGGAUGAAGUCGUCGAAGUACUCAUUCCAGCCAAGGGGCGCGUCAAACCGCCUCCAGUCGUAAGUGUCGAAAUGCUCUCGGAAGAGUACUCCGGAGUAAUCCUGAGCUUCGAUGGUGCGGCCAAACCUUCCGCAAAGAAGGGCAGUUGCGGAUGCAUUCUGUGGCAGCUACCCGAAUGGAAAGUUUGGGAUGCCCGAGGGUACAUCCUGGAUGGAGUCACUGUCAACGACGCGGAAUACUUCGGGUUGCUUAAAGCACUUGCAAUGGCUUUGGAAAGAGGAAUCCAGGACAUAGUCGUAGUGGGUGACUCGAGGAUUGUGAUUCAACAAGUCCAAGGUCGGAUUAAUUGUAACCAGCCUAAUCUCCAAAGGAGGCUAGCUGAAUGUGAAACACUGAAGAAACGUUUCCAGACGGUCCGAUUGGUACACAUGAAACGCGAGUGCCGCAGAUUACCUGACAUCGAAGACUCUUUUCAGGAUGAUCUCGAGAAACGACACCUGGAAGUAGUGUCUAAGAUCCGCGAGCAGUUGGUGAAGCCUUCGGAAGAAGCUGACACUCGAGUUCGCAGUGGGGAUCCCAUACAAGAUUCUGGGGAAGAAGAUGGCAAUUCCGGAACGAGACAUAGUCCUGGUCCUGAAUGUGCCCCUCUACCUUCUGCCACCCGAGUCAUGGCUGUACUCACGGGAUCGCGAGCACAAGAAGCUGAUGACGAUGAGGUUGCACCCAUGGGACCGCUAGAGUUUCAGGCUGAACGCUGGAGACGGAUCAAUAUAAGGGCGUUCCUAAAUGACGACCUGGACAGGUUCUCAUCCACACGCCUGAAGAAGAUCAGUAAGGUUGCAGAUCUGUUCGCUCUGGAUGACCGAGGAAUAUUGUACAGACUUCCACAUUCUCUUCGCGGAAGAUCACGAGACACCGUGGAUAAUCUGAGACUGGUAGUCCCGAAUUCACUUCGGGAAGACAUGUUGCAUCAUGCACAUGAAGAUCUUCAAGGUGUACAUCAAGGGAUCACUCGGAUGUAUGAGAAGUUACGUACUGAAUUCUACUGGCCCGGCAUGUAUGCGGACAUCCAACAUUUCGUGAAAGAGUGCGUGGAAUGUGCCAGUGGAAAAGGAGCUCCCCCGAAUGCUGGCCCUUCGCCUGGAAAUAUCGAAGCACGGUAUCCUUUCGAGGCAGUUUCUAUGGACUUCGUGACCCACAUGCCUGAGUCAGCCAGAGGGAAUACGCUCCUUUUGUUGUUUCAAGACAUGUUACAGGAUAUGUGA